AUGCAUAUUUAUAAUGAAUUUAAAUCAACAUUUAUUGUUAUAUUUUUUCUUGGUUAUAUAUUUUUGGUUAGUGGUCUAAUUAUUAAUUUUUUUCAAUUAUGUUCCUGUAUUAUAUGGCCAUUUAAUAAGCCACUAUUUCGAAAGAUCAAUUGUUAUUUAGCAUUAGGUAUUUGGAGUCAACUUACUUUUAUGGCUCAAUGGUGGUCAAAAAGUGAUUUUGUUUUGUAUAUAAAUUCAGAUGAUCUUCAAAAAAUUGCUAAUGAAAAUAUACUUGCUAUAAUGAAUCAUAAAUAUGAUAUUGAUUGGCUUGCUGCAUGGAUGGCUUGUCAACGUUUGGGUAUGUUAAAGGGUUCAAAAAUUGUUGGUAAACAAUCUCUUAAAUUUGUACCAAUACUUGGUUGGUCUUGGAUUUGUACAGAAACAAUAUUUGUACGACGUGUAUGGGAAAGUGAUCGUGAAACACUUGUUAAAGAUCUACGAAAAACACUUGCUAAUUAUCCAAAAAAUCAUUAUUUUAAUCUUAUGCUUUCAUGUGAAGGUACUCGAUUUACUGAAAAAAAACGAUUAGCAAGUAUGAAAAUUGCACGAGAAAAAGGUUUACCAGAACUUAAACAUCAUCUUCUACCACGUACAAAAGGUUUUACAUUAUUAAUACAAGGAGCAGAAAAUCGAAUUCAAUCAGUAUAUGACAUAACACUUGGUUUUAAAAAGACUGAAGCCGAACCAACACUUCUUAGUAUAUUAAAAGGACAUUCUUGUCAAGCAGAACUAUUUAUUAGACGUUUUCCAAUAUCUGAUAUACCAACUGAUACUGAAGGAUCUAGUAAUUGGAUUCAUGAAUUAUAUCGUCAAAAAGAUAAAAUAUAUGAUUAUUUUGUUCAACAUGGUACUUUUGAAGGAAAUGGUUUACCUCGAACUGAAAUUUCAUAUAAUUAUUAUGAUUUAUUAAUUGAACUUGGAUGGAUGAUUAUUAUUGGUAUACCAUCAAUUAUUUAUUUGUUUCAAUUUCUUUCAACAAGUUCAUUAUUUGCUCAAAUAAUAUUUGUUAUUAUUAUAUGUAUUGGAACUAUUGGUGCACGAACAAUGAUUGCCGUAACAGAAACUGAACGAGGUUCUCAUUAUGGUGAAACAAGCAAAGAGGAUUAA